CAGCGGGUCUCAGUACGAGGUGGUAGUAGGAAGUUUUGGGUAGGUCUAACUUGGAAAGGUCAAGGGUCAGUGCGGAGUUUCUGUUGGUGAUGAUGAAGCAGGCGAUCCAGAUUUUCGCUAGAGUGAAGCCCCCCGAGCGGAAGCAGCAGCAAGGGAUUUAUUCUAUAGAUGAAGAUGAGAAAGCAGCACCUAGCUUGGAAAUUCUCUUACCCCGAGAUCUGGCGGAUGGAUUUGUGAACAACAAGCGGGAAAGCUACAAGUUUAAAUUUCAAAGGAUUUUUGACCAAGAUGCAAAGCAAGACAUCAUUUUCGAAAUCAUUGCCAAACCAGUCGCCCAGAGUGUCUUGGCAGGCUACAAUGGUACCAUCUUCGCAUAUGGGCAGACAGGCAGUGGCAAGACCUUCACCAUCACAGGUGGGGCUGAGCGCUACAGCGACCGAGGCAUCAUCCCAAGGACUCUGUCUUAUAUUUUUGAGCAGUUGCAAAAGGACAGCAGCAAGAUCUACACAACACACAUUUCUUACUUGGAAAUCUACAAUGAAUGUGGCUACGACCUGCUGGAUCCGAGACACGAGGCCUCCACACUGGAAGACCUGCCGAAAGUGACAAUAUUGGAGGACCCUGAUCAGCACAUUCACCUGAAAAACCUGUCUCUUCACCAGGCAACAACCGAGGAGGAAGCUUUGAACUUGCUCUUCUUGGGGGACACCAACAGGAUGAUUGCGGAGACUCCUAUGAACCAAGCUUCAACCCGAUCACACUGUAUUUUCACUGUUCACUUGACCAGCAAGGAGCCGGGAUCUGCCACUCUCCGGCGCGCGAAGCUCCAUUUGGUUGAUCUGGCGGGGUCAGAGCGUGUUGCAAAGACUGGAGUGGGGGGCCUGCUCCUGACAGAGGCCAAGUACAUUAACCUGUCGCUGCACUACCUGGAGCAGGUCAUCAUUGCCCUUUCUGAAAAGCGCCGCACACACAUCCCUUACAGGAACUCCGUGAUGACCAGCGUGCUCAGAGACAGCCUGGGAGGGAACUGCGUGACCACUAUGAUCGCCACUCUCUCACUAGAGAAGAGGAACAUUGAUGAGUCCAUCUCUACCUGCAGAUUCGCUCAGCGAGUGGCCCUCAUCAAAAAUGAAGCUGUCCUCAAUGAAGAAAUUGACCCCAAACUGAUGAUUACCCGCUUGCAGAAGGAGAUUGCUGAUCUGAAGGCGGAGCUGGCCAUGGCCACUGGGGAGUGGAGGACCGAGGCCCUCACGGAAGAAGAGCUCCAUCAGCUGGAAACACUGAUAGCAUCCUUUUUGGAAGACCAAGAUCCAGAGAGUAGACUGGAAGUUGGCGCUGAUAUGCGUAAAAUCCAUCACUGUUUUCAUCAUUUUAAGAAGCUGUUGAAUGACAAGGGCAACAUGAAGAAUACAGCCUCCUCCGAAACCACACACCAAGCAUGCCAAGAGCCACUGAAGGAUGAAGAACACACAACGCUCCGAGACCUGCUCAAGCAGAGGGACAAUGAAAUCAAUAUCCUGGUCAACAUGUUAAAAAAGGAAAAGAAGAAAACUCAGGAUGCUCUCCUCUUAUCGAAGAUGGAGAAGAAUGAUGCUAGGCUGCCCCGGAACUCACCCUUCAUUCCUGGGAGCCCAGCAGCUCAGAGCACCUCAGUCCCCUCAGCCCCGAGCCAGGCCCAGGACCUCAGCAUCUGCAGGCACAGAUCCAGUUUGCUCCACAGAAAAACAGGGAUGAGAGAGGAGAUGUCACUGGGACGCCAGGAGGCUUUUGAAAUUUUCAAGAGGGACCAUGCAGACAGUGUCACCAUUGAUGACAACAGACAAAUUCUCAAGCAGAGAUUUUCUGAAGCAAAGGCUCUGGGAGAAAGUAUAAAUCAAACAAGAAGUAAAAUUGGUCAGCUGAAGGAUGCCAUCACCCAGCGGCACCUGCAGCAAGUAGCUCUUGGAAUCUCAGAGAAUAUGGCCCCACCCUCCAUACCUGACCUCCAGGAAGAGAAACUGCGAUCACAGCUGGAAGAGGAAAAGACCAGGUACAAAACAACAUUCAUGCGCCUGAAAGCCUUGAAGGUGGAGAUUGAGCACCUGCAGCUGCUCAUGGACAAAGCCAAGGUGAAGCUGCAGAAAGAGUUCGAAGUCUGGUGGGCUGAGGAGGCCACCAAUCUGCAGGUAAACUCCCCGGCCACGAAUCCCCAGGAACACCUAAAGCCAGUUCCCCAGCAGGACCAGCCACAGAUUCUCCUCAGGAAAAGUUCUCAAGGCCAGAAAGCUAAAGAUGGAGUUAGCAGUCUGGAUAUCUGCUACGACAGGGAUGCCAGAAGAAUCCUCCCCUCCCCAUGCCCCAGUCAGCACAGCCAAGAGCCCAGUAGCUCCAGGACCCAGCUGCAAGACAGCAUCUCCGAAAGGCCGAUGUCAUCCAUCCCUCUCACUGGAGACAGCCAGACAGAUUCAGACAUCCUGGCAUUCAUCAAGGCCAGGCAGAACGUUCUGCAGAAGAAAUGCCUGGGAAGCAACUGACUUUCUGAUGGAGUUCCAACCCUGCCCUACAUACAGAGUGGCUGAUGCGAAGAUAAAGACCCUGCCCCUCAUUAGUGACCUCAGAUUUGACAUAAAGCCACCCCAGAGCAGCUGGCAAAUUUGAAGCCAGAGGAGGAGAGCUGUCCUUCUUUGAGGAUGGUGUCUCGGAGAGCACCAGAGAGGACUUGUAGGGCUGUUGGAAGGAUGGUAGUGCCAAGAAGCUGGAGGCAAGGCUGGGUUGCUGUUGAUGCUGUGAAAUACACCAUCAUAUUGUACAGGUGGGGGACAUUCCAGGUGGUGCAACACAGGAUGAUAAUAAUCCAUUAUUCAUAACUAUUUGCCAGGAAUGGCAUGGCAGGCCAGGCAGGACUUCGGAGCGCCAGAUGAGACAGUAGAAUGUAGGGGACCUCAGGGGCUAGUGUCCCAGCCCAGACCCUCCACCAUCAUUCACUGGUCCUGUCUCCAGGGAGCUAUGAAUCCUUCCAUUCUGAGCACCUCACAGUAAGUACCAGAGAACAGUGGGAUGCUCCCCAGAGCUCUGCAGGCAUCAGUACCCUGAGCCAUUAUCCCACUAAGCUGUGUGGGACUCUACAAAAUUAAGACCAAACUCCCUAUCCCCACAAGGAGAACACAGCUGCUCAGUGGCCGUGCCUCGGUGACACUCUCAUCAUUCCAGAACCUGGCUCUGUGACGUGGACUAAGUGGACAUGAAAGGGAAGGAAAAUGGCCAGCAGCAGCCCAUGUUGUGUUCCCAGCCCAGCUAGAGCUGGGAGGGCAGUGGAGAGGCAGAAAUCGGUGCUCAGAGAUGAGGACAGCUGAAUCAAAACACCUGCUCCUGCUCCUGCUGUGUCUGCUCUUAAAUACAGCAACUCGUUAUCCCGGGGAGUGGACAAGAAGACACAGCAGCAUGGACUUGUUUGGGUCGAUGUCGGCUUUUUGACUUUUUUUUGGCAUCUUGAAGCUAGGCAGGCCGGCAGCCUUCUUCUUUGUCGCCGCCUGGUUUAUGUCAUUGGGAGCCAGAGGCAGGAGCAGGCCAGCCUUGCCUUCCCAUGAACUUUAAGAUGGAAAGUGCCGUGACCAGAGCCUCCUGUCUGGGUCCUCUUUGUGACCCAGGCACAGAGCCAGUCUCAUUAAACUCCUUCAUUGAUGAGUGAGUGGCAGAGCUGCAACCCAAACCUGCUGCUCAGGUUGGGGUCACCCUACUUCCUUAAGUUUCAGUGGUUUAGCCCCAUGGGGUGGGGCCACUCCUUCCCACCCUACUUCAUCCAGGUAAAGCCUGGCGUACGAGGUAAGACCAAACAGAGGCUCUUCAUGAGUCUACAGCACAGGAAUACAGUCCCACAAAUGCACACUCUGGAUCCUGGAGGUAGCAUGGACCCUGCCAGAGCCCCUCGUAAUUGGCAGCAGUGAUCCUGGAACACCUUGCUGUGGUCCAUCUUCUAGAGCUUGCUAAGGUCUGUUGAGUUUCACUCUCCUUCUGAGGUGUUAUCUCAUGGAUUCAAAGGUUUUAUUGGGUGAAAUGUAGUUCCUCACACAGGGUAUGAAACAGUCUCCCAGCCUGGAGAGGGAAUAAGGAAGAGAGGAACACACCAGCCAGGGAGCCCCGGGUCUACGGGGCAUUGGCAAUCAACCUUGAGGGAGCCUCCUUAAAAUCCACCUUAAAUCUCAGUGGAUGCUGGGGCUUUGGUGUGGACCCAUGCUGGACUACAGUAUACCUUUUCCCAAAGAGUCUCUGCAAGUGGGAGGAGGGGAUGAAGGCUUUGAAAGGGUAAAGGACACUCCAGCAUCAGUCUGGGCUCAGUGGAGCAGGAACAGCAAGGACUGUCUGAAUUCAAAUGUGGAGAUUAAAAUGUUUACUGGAGAGCCGCCUGGUCAGUGACACUGGUCCAAUGCUACAGAGAAUUCGGCUGUCGGUCACUCUCUCCACAGGAGGACGGGUGGGUGGGAAGUGUGUUCACGUAUCUCACAAGCAGAGAUUACAUAUAGCUGAGCAAGUAAAGACAUUUGCCACCAAUCCUGACGGACUGAGUUUCAUCCUCAGGACCCAUGUGGUAGGAGGAGAAUUGACUCCCAUAAGUUGUCCUUUGUUGUUUUUAGGUAAGUCUCUAUCGUUCUGCUUUAUCAGUAAGAUCCUGGGAUGAAAACCUGCUAGCUCAGAAAGGCAGAGAAAGCACCCAGCUCUUCCUCUGCUGCUACCGUCCCAGAAAGAGAACUUUCUUCUAUGCUGCCUCAAAUAAAACCUCUGCAACUGGCUGCCCCUCCUUUCUGCUUCCUGUGCUUCUCUUUCCAUCCUGACUCCCUCUUACUCUCUCUCUUCUUUCUUUUCUUUUUUUUUUUUUCUGUCAACUGGUUGCUUGCUCCACUUCUAGACCUAAGGUUGAUUUUACUUAAUCCUGUUUACAAUAUUCAAGCAGAAAGCUCUUGGAUUAAAGGUGUGUGCUCAGGCUGAGCCAUUCCACAGCUAGAAGCAAGUUUUUUCCAGUAAACAAUGCAAUCCUGGGGAUCACAGUGUGAUUCUUUAACCUCCACAUGCUGCACUCUGUGGCAUGCAUGCCCCCACACCGUAUGCAUCGCAUCACACACAAGUAACAUUAAUUAUAUAAAAAAAUUAUAAGGAAAACCAUGGCAACUUUAAAAGGGGGAUUGUCGAGGUCAGAUGGCGACACUGAGAUACUACAUCGCUGGUUUCAAUCCUUCUCCACCUUUAAUAGAGUUCACAUCCAGAACUUUGCCGUGGGCUCACUGUGAAGCUCCGCACUGGUAGCCACACUGGUUUGGCUUUGCUCUCUGUUCCAGGAGAUGGGCUAAAAUGGCAGCAGCUACCAAGUACAUCUCAAGAUGUCACAGGAGUGAAAGGAGCAAGCCUAACCACGCAGCCACAGGUCCAGCCUUCGCCUGUGUCUCAAAGUUGAUCCCAGAGCUCAGAGUUGAUCCCAGAGCUCACACACAUUUAAGGUGCAGGGGGACUCCUCAGCCUUGGUUGUAAAUUCUGUUUAAGGUGGAGAAGAUGUUAGGUGGUCAUCUAGAAACUUCACCCCUCUGACCAGUGUUCACGGGGCUGGAAAGUAGUCUACCUGCUACCAGAGAAGAAAGGUAACCAUCAGUAUCACCCGGCGUGAACACUGGGAGCUACAACAGUGUGUGCCUGCUAAAUAUAUUAGUGCAGUGGUGCACAGAUGUUUUGACUGGGUUUUAGGCCCACUCCAGGAAAUGGACCCAUACUUGACACUGCUAAAUUGGCAUGAACUGAGACUAGAUACGUCACAGUAGGAGAAAACCUACAGCUACCAUCCUGCUAAAGGAACAUAGCAAUAAAAUGGCUGCCAGUGACAGCCUGCUAUGCACAUAGUUCAGUGUCUUGCUCAGCCUGCAUCAGAAAAUCUGCCUCUUAAGAUAGACUGGAAUUAACAGAACAAUCCAACAUUGGACACUGUGUAGUGAGGAAGGGACUUGGAGCUCUCAGUUCUUUUUGUUGUUGUUGUUUGUUUUAUUUUGUUUUUGGCUUUUUUGAGAUAGGUUUCUUUGUGUAACAGUCCUGGUUAUCCUGGAACUCUCCUUAUAGGCCAAGCUGGCCUCAAAAUCACAGAGAUCUCCCUGCUUCUGCCCCCUGAGCACUAGAAUUAAAGGUGUGUGCCACCACCACCUGGCUGGAGCACUCGGGUCUAAAUAGGAUGUCUCAUCAAGUCCCUCCCGUCAAGACUGAGGGGUCUGUGUGGAAGAGGAGGCAGAAAGAUGGUAAAUGCCAGAAAUGAUGAAUGAGUCCAAGUUGGGUAGAUAGGGAGGGAGAGAGGAUCUGGGAGGAAUUGGAAGAGGGGGAAAUCUAUUGCAUGGAAAGAUACUACCCACUGUUUCAUUAAGAUCAAAGUGGGGGCCAUAUCCCUGCAAGAGUUUCAACCACAGGACAAGAAAGGAGAUGAAGGCCAGCAGUCUGUAGCAGGACUGCAGUGCCCCCACCGUCCCUCAAAGGGUCGACAUCCUUCCAUCUGACCACGCCUUUCUACCUGAAGGCCCUUCUGCACAGAGGGGCACUCACACAUGUUCAGUACAGUCAUGGCUAAUCUUGGUUGUCAUCUUGACACACUUAGGAAGAAUGAACGUUCAGCUGCCUUCCUCAGGGUGGCAUCAGAGCAUGUCUGUGGGGUGUUUUCUUGAUUUAUAAUAGAUGUUAGAAGGUCUCACCCACUGUGGGUGGCAUCCUCCAAAGAAGGUGGUCCUGGACUGUAUAAGAAAGAUAAAUGUGAGUUGAAUCUGUGAACAAGCCAGUAAGACAUGUCCUUCUGUGGCCUCUGCUUCAGUUUCUGCCUUCAGCUUCCUGCCUCGACUUCCCUUCCUAACAGACUGUAACCUAUGAGCAGGAGUGAGCCCUGUCCUUUCCUGUGCUGUCCUUUGUUGUGGUGUUUAUCACAGCAACAGAAAACACAGCGAAAGUAGUCGACUUCUCUGGUGCAGCCCUCAUCUGGUGAAGGGCGCAGGUAGUGAGCACGUGGCACUUAGCUUCCUUGCCUUCUGUGGGCAAUCUGACGUGUACUCAGUCUCUCAGUGUCCACAGCAAUCGCCUGCUACUGACAUGCUCUUGCCUGCCUCUCUCCUGAAUCCUCUGCCGUGACUUCUGGGAUCAUUUCCCAAUGACCCUUCUCACACAGUCUCCGGUCUGCUCUGAGGAAGCCCAAUGUUGGCUGACGCAUCUGUCUCAGAAUUGUGGGUGUAGGGGUGUCCCAGUUCACUUCUUGGUCUGACAGAAAAUAAGAGUCUUGUCCUUUCCCACUCUUAACUGUGUUUCCAGUUAAGACUGAGACUGUAUGCUUAAAGAAAAUAACACCCCCCUUCUCCUAAAAGAAACAACAGCAAUGGUUGAGCAAGAUUGCUAUCAAAGAGCUAAGAGCAGCGCUGCUCUUCCAGGGACCCAGGCUUAAUUCAUAGCACCCACAUGGUUGCUCAGAAUGUCUGUAACUCUGGUCCUCGGGAAUCUAACAUGCUCUUCUGGCUCAGGCAUGCAUGUGAUGCACAUGCAUAC